GGCGGAUCGGAAGAUGGAGAAGUUGUCAGUGAGGAGAAUGGAGAUAAUUCCUCUUGGUGGAGUAUUCCUGGUGCCAGAACCGAUCUCCACAUCAGCCUCGCUUCCAGCCACUGACAGCAGCACUGGGCAUUAUGUCUUCUACCUGGGGCUUGCUCUUGCCAUUAGCUCCAGCAUCUUCAUUGGGAGCAGUUUCAUCCUGAAGAAGAAGGGACUCCUGCGCCUAGCCGGGAAGUCAGCGGUAAGAGCAGGCCAGGGCGGACACGCAUACCUGAAGGAGUGGCUUUGGUGGGCCGGGCUUCUCACAAUGGGUUUGGGAGAAGCUGCCAAUUUUGCUGCCUAUGCCUUUGCCCCAGCAACUCUAGUCACACCUCUGGGAGCCCUCAGCGUUCUUGUGAGUGCUAUCUUAUCUUCAUACUUUUUAAAUGAGCGGCUGAACCUUCACGGAAAGAUGGGCUGCAUUCUGAGUAUCCUGGGAUCAACGGUGAUGGUCAUCCAUGCCCCACAGGAGGAGGAGGUCGGAACCUUGGCUGAAAUGGUGGAAAAGCUGAAGGAUCCAGGUUUCAUUGCUUUUGCUGUGUGUGUUGUGGUCAGCUGCUUGAUCCUGAUCUUGUUGGUGACCCCCCGCUACGGCCAGAAGAAUGUCCUGGUCUACAUCCUCAUCUGCUCCAUCAUUGGCUCCCUCUCUGUCUCGUGUGUUAAGGGUCUGGGCAUCGCCAUUAAGGAGCUAUUUGUGGGCCACCGUGUGCUAUCAUCCCCAAUGACCUGGAUCCUGCUGGUCUUCUUGAUAGUCUGCAUCAGCACCCAGAUCAACUACCUGAACAAAGCCCUCGACAUCUUCAACACCUCCAUCGUAACUCCUAUCUACUAUGUCUUUUUUACCACUGCUGUGAUGACCUGCUCAGUCAUUCUGUUCAAGGAGUGGUACCACAUGACCAUUUACAACAUUGUGGGCACAAUUAGUGGGUUCCUCGUUAUCGUCCUUGGUAUCUUCCUGCUGCAUUCUUUCAAGGACAUCAGUUUCACUCCUAGCAUCCUGCCUCUGUUCCUCAGGAAGGCCAAGCCCAGGGUGGACCGAAGCCAACCUUACCAAGCCCUGCCUUCCCAGGGGACAGAAAGCCCCAGCUGCUAACUCCAAGUCAGCAAUGCAUAGCUUCACCUGGGAGCCGAGUUGGAAGGAUCAGGGACAGUGUGUUCAAAACCCUUCUGAUCUGUCCACACACAUUUAUUUAGCAUUCCUCCCCAGGCUGCAAUAUCAUAUUGGAGUUCAUUCCCAUCCACCUCAUGGUUAGCUGGUACACGUUAGCGGAGCUGCCUCUCCAAGUAUGAUGUUGAGCUGAAGAAGGACUCACUCGUUCCAAGUUGCUGGUCCUAGUGAGUGUCCCAUUACCCAGCACUGUUAAAUAUGGGGGGGGGAACAGAUGAUCGCGCGCGCACGUGCGUGUGUGUGUGUGUGUGUGUGUGUGUCUGUGUGGAAUUCGGGUGUCAGGCAAUUUAUCUUUGAAAUACUGUCAUGUCUUGACAGGAAGGGUAAAAGGUUUCAAUAAUUUGAUCAUGACAGGUAUAAUGUCAUAAGACCUGGGUCACCAAAUCAAACAAAAGAAUCCAGCUCUCACCAUGUAAGGAUCUCAUUUUGACAAUGCUUGUCCUCAGUCUACUCAGAGAAUGAAGGUAGUGAGGUUUGAGGAAGAGGACCAAAAGCACUACUUAGAAGUUGGUACCGUUGUAUUCUUUCUCAUCGUUGAUCUUAGCAGUAGCAUUCCUUAUGAGGUCAUAUUUUUCACAUGCCAACACAAUCUCCAUUGGGCACAACAUAGCAAGGACCAUAAUCCAGGUAUUUCAUAUUAGUCACACGUUGAAACUCUCUGAUUCAGCACUUUAGGAUUGUCUGGUGCCAGAUUACAAUAAAACUGUCCCAAUUAUCUACCACUAAUCAGGACUGUUCUUUUAAGUACAGGACACUCCCCAGUUAGUGAGGGUUCUGUUCUCAAGAACUAUUGGUAACUCAAAUUUUCCCUAAUUUGGGAAAGCUGUUGGCUGAUAAUGUAAAAGUUACACUGGUAGGUUAAUCAGGUACAGAUCUUAGUUAAUUUUAGUCCUUAGAAUUAGCCAAUUAGUACAGAUCUGUAUUAAAGAUCUAAAUGCUGCUGGGCCAGAGUUUCAACCUGUAGAAAGACUUCUCCUUACACUAAUGGAGUCUUGAGCUCUCCACCACAGUAGACUGUGACACAAUACGUACAACAGUUUAUCAGCAUCUUUUUACUGAUUCCAGUGCUAGACCUGCUCUGCAAGUACGUACUGGAGCAUUGCAGAAGGGACUUUAAGGAGCUCAGGGUUGAUUUCAGAAAAGUACAGCAAGACGCCCUACUGUCCAGUGUCCACACUGACCAUCAAAUCCCCUACUUACAUUAAUCCUACAUUAGAUCUCAAACCCUGGUCUCUUGUGUUGAGGUAGCAGCUCUACUGGAUUACAGAAACAAGGAGUUCCACUUUUAUCACCCAUGCAGUGAAGUGCUCUGUCCAGACUGUUGCUCAAAGUGCUUUAAUAUUCUGGCACGUGAACCCAUCACUUGCCUGGAGCUAGGCUGGUGAUGAAAGCAGACCUGGAGCUAUGAGCAUUGCAAACAUAUCGCAAGGCUUGAAUAGUUCAAGCUGUUGGAAAGUAAUCAGACCUAGAUGCUACUGAAAAACUACCUGCUUGGCACAGCCUUUGUCCAAACAGUAAAUGUACUGCAGGUCAAAAUACUGUGGAUGCUGGAAACACUCAGCAUGUCAGGUUGUAUCUGUGAGAAAAGAAACAGUUGACGUUUCACCUCAGGGACGCUCCAUGAUGAUGCUCUUCGGCACGUACUUUUCAUCAGAAAUAUCAAAAGGAGAAACCUUUAUACAGAGCGUAGAACUAACAACACACAAUUCUCAUCAGUCCCAGGCACUUGCGACUUAGUCCAGCUACUGUUCUAAUUUAAGUGACUGAAAAAUGUCUUACAUUAAAUAUAUUUUUACAGUGCUGAUAAUACUGUGGAGGUUUUUAAUCACUUUACUUGGACAAAGGUAGAACAACGUGACCAGGGGCUUCCCCUAGAUUUAGUAAAGCAGCAAGGAGCAGCUCAGGGAUUGAGUCACUGUCAUCCCAUUGUUGUAGAGGAAAACCUCUUGUGAGGGGAUGGCAGUGAAAUACAAGACUAAGCAAAUGGGAUCUUUCUAACACCAUGUCUUUCAGGGAUACUCCCUAUUCUUGGAUUGUGAGCUUAACUUGGGAUGUUGAUGUCACUGGCAUUUCUUGUACCUGUACAGAGGAGCCAGCUCAGAGUCACUGGUGAGUCUGGGCUCACAUAUACACCCAGAUUAAGUGAGGAUGCGAAAUUCCUACCCUGAAGAAAAGGUUUUCCAACAAACUGAUACUUACAGUUAGCACUUUGAUAAGCUUUUCAUUAACAGUAGGCCAUUUGGCAAGAUCACCACAGAAACAGGCCCUUCACCCCACUGAGAUGUGUAUCUAUUCUCACCAAGAUGAUGCAAAUGGGCUUUUAUCUCUUCUGCAUUCUCUCUAUUGCUAUCAUAUUCUUGCUCUUGUGUGGCAACCAUAACCGUACACAAUUAUGAUCCAAGUGUGGUCUAAAUAUUUAAAGCUGUAACAUGAUGUUCCAAUUCUUAUGCUCAAUGAAAACAAGCAUACAAAAUGCCUUCUUUACUGUCCUAUCCACUUGUUUCAGAGCUUUCAGGAAGCAAUGGACUGGUACCCCAAGAUCUAACUACAUCAAUAUUCACAACAUCCCUGACAUUUACUCCAUAUGUUCACCCAAAAUUUAACCACAAGUCACACUCGGUCGGAUUAAAUUCCACCUGCCAUUCUCCUUCAACUGUCUGAUUAUGUUCCACCAUCACUUUAAACAGCCUUCACUAUCUGCUGUUCCAUAAAUGUUCAUAUUAUCUGCAAGCUUAAUCAUACGCCCAGUCAUUUCUAUAUAUUAUGAACAAAGACCCCAGUACCAUCCCUGCAGGAUGGGAAGUGCAUACUUGUUACACAGUUUCCAGUCAGAAAACACCCUUUCACCAUUACCCUGUCUCAUAUCACUCAGGCAAUUUUGGACCCAAUUCAUCAGCACCUUUCAUCAUACCAUUACCUUCUAGGCCAGCCUAUUUUGUAAAAAGCUUUAUUAAUGUACAUAUAGGAAAUAUCUACCAAACUGUUCAUCAAACUCCUUGGCUACCUCCUCAAAAAAAUUGAGACUUGAUCUCCUCCGUACAAAUCAUAGCAACUCCCAAUCAGUCCCAUCUUUCCAAGUGAAUAUAAAUCCUGGUCUCAUAGAACCUUCAAGUUUUCAACCACUGAUGUAAAGUUCACUGACCUGUAGUUUCCAGGCUUGUCUCAGCUGCCCUUUUUAAAUAAAAGCACAAUAGCUGCCUCCGGUCUUAUAGUACCAUACAUAUGACUAACAAAGUGCAAACAUCUCCAAGGCCUGAGUAAUCUCCAUUUUUGCUUUCAUCUUUGUCCUAGGAUCAAUCCACUUUAAGGUGCACAAAUAUUUCUAGCUCUUACACCUCCUUCAUACUGAAACAAGAGGUUAGCUAAGAAGGAAUUGGGCCCCUUAGUGAUGAGAAGAGUAAUCUUAUCCUUUGAGUCAGACAUUACAGCUCCAAACCACUAUAGCCCUCUCAACUUUAGAGAGCCCACAAAUUCACCUCCCUGGUGAAUACCAAUGGAAAUUACUCAUUUAGGAUCACACUUAGAUCAUCCCUUAGUUCCUUCCUUAGCUAUCCUCUUGCUUUAAUAUAUUUUUACGAUUCUGUAAUUAUUCUUGCCAAGGACAGUUCAUGACUCCUUUUUGCCCUAAUUUUUCCAUUUUCUUCUGUCUGUUAUGAACUUCAAAUGACUUGUUUGGUGACUUCCUACAUUUGACACAUGCCUCCUUUUACCGAUCAGUUUUUCAAUAUCCUUCAUUAUCUCUUACAGGGACUCCGAAUUCUUGUCAUUUCACUUCUAAUCGCUGGAUUUACCAAAUGUGUUUCCCUCUGGCAGUUCCUCCAAAUCUGCCUUUCCCAGGUACCAUCCCACAGUAUGGAAAACUGCCUUCUCCUAACUUACGCUCCAAACUCAAGGGAACUAUUUUAUUGUUUUUCAUUACCAGCUUGCCAAACUUAUCCCAGAGAGCUCCACCAAUCUCUUCAAUCAUUUGCACAUCUGUAUUCCCUAGUUCAACCCAUCUCUAGUUCGACUCUGUGCAUGUUGCUUCAGAAAAACCUGAAAGCAUUUUCAACUAAAGCAAUCUCAUUCAAUGUUGAGAAACUUCAUUCCUUUACUAGGAAGAGGCGCAGUCGACGUUUCAGGCCGAGACCCUUC